GACAGUCGCUGUGUGUGAGCAAACUGCAGCUGCUAACUCCUGUAGCGUAGUAGAGUGCGCUGAAGCUGCCCGCUGUUUUCCGCAUUUUAAAGUAAUUACAAUCGCUCCCGUAUAUCAUGGCGCCUUCUAAAAAAUGGCGAUAGUAUUCAGCCUUGUUUCGUUAACUGUCGCCAAGGUUUUGGAGUUCUCUGGACUUGUGGACAACAGGAAUGCCCUGCGGACCAGGAAGAUGGAGGAGAAAGCGUUAGAAGUUUACGAUGUGAUUCGAUCAAUCCGAGACCCGGAGAAACCCAGCACCCUGGAGGAGCUGGACGUGGUGACGGAGAAAUGUGUGGAAGUCCAGGAGCUGGCAGAGGACGAGUACCUCAUCAUUAUCAAGUUCUCUCCAACUGUCCCUCACUGCUCACUGGCCACUCUGAUCGGUCUGUGCUUACAAGUGAAGCUACAGAGAUGUUUGCCAUUUAAACAUAAGUUAGAAAUUUAUAUUUCCGAAGGAACCCAUUCUACGGAAGAAGACAUUAACAAACAGAUCAACGAUAAGGAGCGAGUGGCCGCUGCCAUGGAAAACCCCAACCUGAGAGAGAUCGUUGAGCAGUGUGUUACCGAACCAGACGACUGAGGGGAGGAAGCUCCAGCUGCUUGAAGCAAAGUCUUUGGGGCUGCAAAUUCUUUGUGUGUGUGUGUCUCCACAGAACCUGAGAAUAUUAUACAAAGGAUUCCUGAGCAUCUGUCUGAAGGAAGAAGUUUCUGUUGACUCCAAAGAGUUUUUGGAGGGGUGUUCAGAGUAAAGCUUGAAUACUGUGUAGUGAAUUAAAGGCACAAUCGGGAGCUAAAAAAAAACACAAAUGUAUAUUGACCUUCUCAUCAUUCCCACCUGGACAGCCUUUGUGGUCGUCUGUUGAGUUCUGUUAGAGGCAACAUCAGACGCUGCUGAGGAAGUGGGCCAGAGAAAACCGAAAAGACCUCCUGGCCUACUUCCAUCUCAUCCUCCAACCUUUGUUUUUUUGUUUGGGCCAUGCUGUAGGCUGAGAAGGAUCUGACUCUUGAUCUCCUUUUGUAUAUUAAAACAGUAAAAAGCAUGGAGAUUUUUUUUUUAUCUUUUCUUGUGAUUAACUAAACAGGCAAAUUUCUCAGAUUCAAGUCUGAAUACAAAAACAUCUUUUCAGAGGUGAUUUUAAUUGUUUUGUUGAUGAUGUACAAAAGAAUCAGGUAUUAAGAGCUACUUUGUGUGACUGACAGAAUAAUGGAACAGAAGAAAGCAUGUGUAAGUUUGUAGCAGGUUGCUCUUGUAUAUAAGUUUUAAUGAUUUUGUUUUGCCUAAUCUAUUGAUCUCCAUAAAAGGAUUGUUGCUGAAAAUUCAAUGUUAUGCUCAUAUACAGUACAUGAGACACUGUUUUUGUAAUUGGCAAUGUUUCUCUGUAUUUGUUUCUUAUAAAUGAAUGAUAAAAUACAUACAGUGUCUAUAAAAAAAA